UGACACAUCCCGGUGUUUUGAACGGAACUAACACUUCUUGGGCUGAUACGGUCGCAUAUCCAUGCAUGAAAGCAACAUUUUGUGGGGGACGUUUUUAUUAUUCUUUUGCCGCGUGAACAUGUUCGCGCCAAUUGGGAGCAUCCCCGCGGUAUGACCUCGGAUCACCGGCGUCCCCUUUUCGACUUUCAAUCGUGGCAGACGGAGUGUGGCUGUUAUUGUUCGCCCACCCUCCACUCAGCCCCUCUUUUUAAAAAAAAGCCAAAUUUGAGGAGGUAGGGCGUUUUGGGGUCUCUUUUUCACCCUUUUUCCUACGUGUACUUUAAUGUUUUGACUUGAAGACGUGACCGGAACCAGGAGAGACCACCGCAUACCUCCACGAGUGGGUUGGUCCUCACAAUGGGGGGAUCCAAAAGUAAACCCAAGGAGGCAGCUCCACGCACCAUCAGUCUCGAUGCCAACCUCAGCUCCGGGGGAGGGCUUGGUGGCCACCACCUGAACUCCGUCCACCAGUCCUUAACUCCCAGUCGGACUGUGGACGGCGGCCUCGGUGGCAACCACUCCAUGAGUAAUAAGGCCGAACUGGCCUUGUUCGGUGGCGUGGACAACAGUAGCCUCAACUCCUCUUCGAAUAGAAACACACUAGCAGGAGGUGUCACGACUUUUGUGGCAUUGUAUGACUACGAGUCUCGAACAGCUUCCGAUCUAUCAUUCAGAAAGGGAGAACGUCUCCAGAUAGUCAACAACACGAGGAAAGUGAACUGCAGAGAGGGUGACUGGUGGCUGGCACGCUCCCUGGCCACCGGAGAGAGCGGAUAUAUUCCCAGCAAUUACGUUGCUCCGUCCGACUCCAUCCAAGCAGAAGAUCAUCUCUCACUGACUGCAGAGUCCAGGUGGUAUUUUGGCAAGAUAACCCGCCGUGACUCGGAGAGACUGCUGCUCAGUUUGGAGAAUAGAAGAGGAACAUUCCUGGUGAGAGAAAGCGAAACCACCAAAGGUGCCUAUUGUUUAUCUGUGCUGGACUACGACAACACCAAGGGGCUGAAUGUGAAACACUACAAGAUCAGGAAGUUGGACAGUGGCGGCUUUUACAUCACAUCCCGCACGCAGUUUAGCACUCUGCAGCAGCUUGUCAAUCACUAUCGUAAGCACGCUGAUGGGCUUUGCCACAGUCUGGCAGACGUUUGCCCAGUGCUGAAGCCUCAAACUCAAGGCUUAUCCAAAGAUGCCUGGGAGAUCCCCAGAGAGUCCCUUCGUCUCGACCUCAAGCUUGGACAGGGCUGCUUUGGAGAGGUUUGGAUGGGAACAUGGAACGGUACAACCCGAGUGGCAAUCAAGACUCUGAAACCUGGCACUAUGUCCCCGGAAGCCUUCCUGCAGGAGGCCCAGGUCAUGAAGAAACUGAGGCACGAGAAGCUAGUCCAGCUUUACGCCGUGGUGUCAGAGGAGCCCAUCUACAUCGUCACCGAAUACAUGGGAAAAGGUAGCUUACUGGAUUUCCUCAAAGGUGAAAUGGGCAAGCUGCUCCGACUCCCUCAGCUGGUUGACAUGGCAUCACAGAUUGCUUCAGGGAUGGCUUAUGUGGAGAGGAUGAACUACGUGCACAGAGACCUGAGAGCUGCCAACAUCCUAGUGGGAGAUAACCUGGUUUGUAAAGUGGCUGAUUUUGGCCUGGCUCGCCUCAUCGAGGAUAACGAAUACACAGCCAGACAAGGAGCCAAGUUCCCCAUCAAGUGGACGGCUCCCGAGGCGGCUCACUACGGUCGCUUCACCAUUAAAUCUGACGUUUGGUCAUUCGGGAUCCUGCUGACCGAACUGGCCACCAAAGGAAGAGUCCCAUAUCCAGGUAUGGUGAACCGGGAGGUUCUGGACCAGGUGGAGCGCGGUUACAGGAUGCCGUGUCCAGCGGAGUGCCCGGAAUCUAUGCACGAGCUGAUGCUGACAUGCUGGAGGAAAGAGCCCGAGGAGAGACCCACCUUUGAGUACCUGCAAGGCUUCCUGGAGGAUUAUUUCACCUCCACUGAGCCUCAGUACCAGCCCGGAGAGAACUUGUGAGGCAGCGUGCACGUGAAAAACGUCGAACCGGCCUCAAUGGCAGCAACAUUUCAGUCCAAUCAGCAGCAACUUCAGGUCUUGUCCAAAGCGACUGCCUCGCCAAGGAGUGAUCCAUUCGUGCUCUUUGCUCAUACACCAGUUUUUUUGCAUCACCCCGGAUACUUGGCCUCUUUUCUCAAGCUGCCGAUGUUGACACAAUAUAAACAUUGCAAAGUGGCACUGACAUUGUUUUCCUCAAAUCCCUGUUGAACACUGGCUUGUCGUCUUCCAUUUUUAAUUCUGAUCAACAGACCGCCAUCAGCGGGAUGAGUUCAGUUGCGAGAAAAAAAAAAAAUUGCUUUCUUCAACAAUUUAUUUUCGGGUGUGGCUGACACCCUGCGACUGGAGGCAAAGUCUGUCUCAAGUUAGUUUAAACAAAUGGCUACUGAUAAAAGUUCAUCUCAGGAUGGAGAGGAGCAGAAUUUUGCAGCAAAAACAUUUGUGCCAAUUACAUUUUUCUACUCUCGUCCACUGUGCAAAGGUACUAAACUGACUCUUUUCACAUGAUUAAAAUGUACCAACUUCUAGCAUUUGAAUCAAAAACAGAAGAAUAUUCAUUCACAUUUCCCUAUUUUUGAGACCUCCCCCUUCCGUUUUGUGUGCUUUCCAAGCACAACCAUACACUGUAACUAAUGACCCUCAUGAUCAUGUGUUUGUGCCUCCGAUUAGCUAGUCGGUAACCCUCCCAAACACGUCAUGCAUGGCAAAUUAUUUGGUUUCUUAAUUAAAUGUAAAUAUUAUGACUUAUAAUUUGUAUAUACAGCAUACAUAUACAUCUUUAUAAUUUAUUUCAUUUUAAAAAAUAACAUUAUAGCGGCAAAUCUGGGCCACACGCAAAAGAAAACAUUAAUUUCAAGACAUAAUCUGGUAGCUGCAAGAAUGAUUUUUUUAACAAAAUAAAUCUUAAUAUUGGAAUGCAUUCACAAUGUUAUGAGAAAAGUCAAUCUUGAAGUAAUGGUCUUAACAUACGAGUCAUAUAUUUUCUUGUAAUACUGCAACAUUAUUGCUCAUAUUACAAUUUUCUUCUCAUAAUUUUACGACUAUUCUUAUGACAUAGCAUCUCUUCUGUAAUUUUAUUCAAUUUUUCUUUUCACUGUGGCCAUCCAAUGCUCCUUCAUACAUAAUCUAUAAUCUUUGCUGAACUUUUCUGAAUUAUAUUGCAUCUGAUGAUAUGCUUACGAUGAAAACAGUUUUGCGUUCCGCGUACGAUUAUUUACGCAUGUAUCCAGUGUCUGUGAAACCUUUAUUGGUUGUUUUGGGAGACAAGAAAAAAACAAACAUCUGUACUGAUCCACCAGCCGUACAUGUUUACAUGUUGAUUAUGUUGGCAGUCAUUCUGUUGGAGCAUGAGCAGGAUGGUCGUCAUUCAAAGGUACGCUCGAUUGAUGUAGCAACACAAAGAUUGAUUGCUUCGAGAAGCAAAAAUGUUGAAAUAUACAUGCACAAAAAAGGGCCAUAUUGCAAGUAUGCUGCCUUGU